GUCCUGCAAAAGGGGCCUCCCGCACCGACGCGCCCGCCAAAAGCAGCGUCCAAAAAGCUACAGGCACGGUGCGGACGCGGGCAUGGCCGGCGCAGCGGCGGUGGCCUCCGCGGCCGCGGGGUGGCUCGAUCUGGACGGUUCGACCCUGCUCCUGCGCCGGUGGUGGCCGUCGGGCGGCGGCCGCGACGAGCCGUCCCUGCCGCUUAGCUGGUGGCUGCCGGGCGGCGAGCUGCGGGGCGCGUGGGACGCGGCGCGGGCGGCGGCCGUGGCGCCGGCGCUGGCCGCCGCGUCGUGGGUGUGCCUGGCCCUGUCAGCCAUGCUGCUCGCCGACGCCGUGUUCCUGGCCGCCGCCAGCCUCCUCGCGCGGCGAAGGCAGCACAGAGCGGGCCCGCUCGCCGGCGGCGAGGACGAGGAGGCGGGCGGCCGCCUCGGCUACCCCAUGGUGCUCGUCCAAAUCCCCAUGUACAACGAGCGGGAGGUGUACAAGCUUUCGAUUGGAGCAGCGUGCGGGCUGUCGUGGCCGUCGGAUAGGGUCAUCGUACAGGUUCUAGACGAUUCCACGGAUCCAACGGUCAAGGAUCUGGUGGAGCUUGAAUGCAAGUUUUGGGCUAACAGAGGCAAGAACAUAAAGUAUGAGGUGAGAAACAAUCGAAAAGGGUAUAAGGCCGGUGCACUGAAACAAGGGAUGUUGCAUGACUAUGUCCGACAUUGUGAUUUUGUCGCCGUAUUUGAUGCUGAUUUCCAGCCGGAACCUGACUUCCUCAUGAGGACCAUCCCGUAUCUUGUGCAUAGUCCACGGAUUGCUCUUGUUCAAGCACGGUGGGAAUUUGUUAAUCCCAAUGAAUGCCUGAUGACAAGGAUACAAAAGAUGACAUUAGAUUAUCACUUUAAAGUAGAGCAGGAAGGUGGUUCAUCAACCUUUGCCUUCUUUGGUUUUAACGGAACUGCUGGUGUCUGGAGAAUUUCCGCCAUCAAGGAAGCCGGGGGUUGGGAGGAUCGGACCACUGUGGAAGACAUGGAUUUGGCUGUCAGAGCAGGUCUGAAAGGAUGGAAAUUCAUCUAUGUUGGAGAUGUUAAGGUCAAAAGUGAACUGCCAAGCAAUCUGAAAGCAUAUCGCCGUCAACAGCACCGGUGGACUUGUGGGGCAGCAAAUUUAUUCCGGAAGACAGGAGCAGAAAUAUUUCUGACCAAGGACGUAUCAUUUUGGAGGAAGCUUUAUUUGCUCUACAGCUUCUUCUUCGUGAGGAAGGUUGUUGCUCAUGUGGUGCCUUUCAUGCUCUACUGUGUAGUAAUACCACUGUCCGUACUAAUUCCAGAGGUCACGCUUCCAGUAUGGGGGGUGGUUUAUGUCCCAACAACAAUAACACUUCUAUGCGCCAUCAGAAAUCCAAGUUCCCUCCAUUUCAUACCAUUCUGGAUCCUCUUUGAAAAUGUGAUGUCUUUUCACCGAACCAAGGCGACAUUCAUCGGUUUGCUCGAGCUCGGGAGUGUGAACGAGUGGGUUGUCACAGAGAAACUUGGCAAAUCAAGCAGCACAAAGCCUGUGCCACAGCCUCCCUGCAGGUUUUGGGAUAGAUGCACCAUGUCAGAGAUUUUGGUUGCCAUCUUCCUCGUCUCUUGCGCGACCUACAACGUGGUUUACGGAGACGACUUCUAUUUCGUUUACAUAUAUCUACAGGCCAUAACAUUUCUUAUCGUUGGCACUGGUUUGUGCGGAACAUUGAGCUCCAGUUCAUAGUGGCAUACCAGCUAGGACUGAUCCAACAGAAGGAAUUGUUCAAGUUAGGUCAUGAACUCAUGAUGACAAAUAACCCCAUUGCACUGUCAUGUAUACCGUGAAGGCAAGGGACGCCUGCCUUUUUGUAGAGAAGGGCAGUAAGAAUGUAGCAUGCCAUUUCCAUGUCUCUAGCGUUGUUCUAUUGUCAUGUGAUUUAUGUUGCCAUGUUUCAUUAUUGGAUUAGUUCCUACGUUCAAGAAAAUAUUGCUAUUUUAGCAAAUUUUGGAGCAUGAUAAGCUGGUACAAUCCAUGAGGGGCUUGCUUCAGGAAUUUAAAUAAAAUUGUAAAUGUCUGUAUCCUAAUUUCUCUUGUCGAAGCAUGCCCUGAGUUGUUUGCUUACUCGCCUUUUCCUUAUUCUAUCCAAACAAGUGAUCGGAUAUCUUCACAAGGAGGUGGCGAAUACAAAACCGUAGAACCCUCAGAUUAGUAAUUCUUCGAUUUCAUCCUGCAUCAGACCAUCUCAAACAGUA